AUGGCUGCAGAGGGGAAUCAUCACCGCAGAACUUGUCCCCUGUUCCGGCCUUAUGUGCUCGUGAAUUGCAAAUCCUGCGGUGUGGCUGGCGGGCCUGCAUGGAUAAUGACCAGCGGCAGACACCAUGCUUGGUCGUGCCCACGGUAUUCCUACAGCGAUGCUGGAGAGUGCAAGUUCUGCGGCUUCGUGGGAGAGGUGUCCAUGGUCACUUCGAAUGGACCUCAUCAUGCGCGAAACUGCAAGAGGUUUCAUCCAGGCACAGCUGAUUCUCCAAAGGUCGCUGUGUGCAAGUACUGCGGCUUUCGAGGGUCAGCUGCAAUGGUCACCGGGAUGGGUGACCAGCACCUGAACGGAUGUCCUCGGAGCACUUCUAAACCUGCGAAAAGCUCAAAGCCAGCUGUGAAAGAAGGCCGCAUCGACAAGGGAUGA